CCUGACAAGAUGAUGCGUUUCCGGCAGCGCGCAGAGUGGGCGUGGCCUAGCAGUUGGCGGCUCGCGCUGAUCGGGCAGCAAUGGGCAAAAGAAAGGAAACUAGUCCCGUGACCCCUGUGGGGCAUGAUAAAAGAUCAAGGCGGGAUGAUGACUCAGAGGACGAAUCGGAGUAUGUAGAAGCUACGCCCCGUGCAUCAUUGGGCAGUAAAAGCUUUUCUGAGUCUACCACUGCUGAGGUUGGAAUAAUUGAAAGUAUCUCGCUGAAAAACUUCAUGUGUCACUCUAAUCUUGGGCCAUUUCGUUUUGGACCAAACGUCAACUUUGUAGUUGGGAACAAUGGAAGCGGUAAAAGUGCUGUUUUAACAGCUCUUAUUGUGGGCUUGGGUGGAAAGGCAGCAAUUACUAACAGGGGAUCUUCAAUUAAAGGAUUUGUAAAGGAUGGGCAAACCUCAGCCGAUGUUUCCAUCACCUUACGGAAUAGAGGAGAAGAUGCUUUUAAACCUGAAGUUUACGGGGAUUCCAUAACUGUGCAGCAGCACUUUACUAUUGAUGGCAACCGCAGUUACAAGUUGAAAAGUGUUACAGGGGCACUGGUUUCUUCUAAAAAAGAAGAACUUACAGCAAUCUUAGACCACUUCAAUAUACAGGUAGAAAACCCUGUGUCUGUUCUUACUCAAGAGAUGAGUAAACAUUUCCUGCAGUCAAAGAAUGAAAGUGAUAAGUAUAAGUUCUUCAUGAAAGCGACCCAGUUGGAUCAGAUGAAGGAAGAUUAUUCUUAUAUCAUGGAGACAAAGAAUAAAACGAAUGAUCAAGUUAAAUAUGGUGUUGAGAGACUUCAUGAACUUCGACGUGAGUGUAUGGAAAAAGAGGAGCGAUUCAAGAGUAUUGCAUCUUUGGGAGAAAAGCAGGAAAAACUGGAAGAUUUAAAGCGUAAAAUGGCAUGGGCUGUGGUUAAUGAGACUGAAAAACAAAUUAAGCCUUUCAAAGAGCAGCUUGUUGCUGAGGAAAACCGUACUUUAAAGUUUGAGCAGAAGAUCGAAGAAUGGCAGGAAAAAGUGAAAAAUACUGAAGGAAGGUUCAAAGCCAUACAGGAGCAGCUUGAAAAGAUAAGCCAGGAUGCCUUGGCACUGAAGCCACAGGCUGUGGCCUUAAAGGAUGAUGUCCAAACAAAAAAGAAAGUAUGGAAUGAAGCAGAGGUUUUUUAUAACCGGCAUCGAAUGGAUUUAAGACGCCUUGAAAGAGAUUCGGAGCAACUUCGUAAGCGUAUUAUUGAGCUUCAAAAAAGUGCUGAUAAUACAUCUGAAGAUGAGAACAUGGCACGAAUGAGAGAAAUUGCAGAGUUAAAAGAGAAACUGAAGGCUCUUCAGGACCAAGAAAUGACCACCAAUCAGCAGAUCGAUCAAUUUCAGCAAGCUAUUUAUAGAUACAAGGAGGAACGCACGCGAUUAUAUAAUGAAGAGCGUGACAUGAAACAUAAGAUGGAACAACAAAAAAGGCAGCUGAGGGAGUUGCAGGACAGCAAAACUGAUCGGUUGAAGAGGUUUGGACAGAAUAUGCCAUCCCUUCUUCAAGCAAUUAAUGAUGCUUAUAAUCAAGGACGGUUCCUAAAGAAACCAGUUGGACCAUUGGGUGCCUGCAUUCAUCUCAAAGACCCAGAUCUUGCUCUUGCAGUUGAAAGUUGCUUAAAGGGUCUGCUCCUUGCGUUCUGUUGUGAUAACCACAAGGAUGAAAGAACACUGCAGCUUCUAAUGUCCAAAACGUUCACCCAUGGUCAGAGGCCUCAAAUAAUUGUCAACGAAUUUGUUAAUGAAAUUUACAAUGUUGAAAAGCGAGCUGUUUUUCAUCCCAACUACCCAACAGUACUGACCGCAUUGGAAAUUGAUAAUCCUGUAGUUGCCAAUUGCUUGAUUGAUAUGAGAGGCAUCGAGACAGUCUUGUUAAUUAAAAAUAACAGUGAGGCUCGAGAAGUAAUGCAGAGAAGAGCACCUCCAAGAAACUGCAGAGAAGCCUUCACUGGCGAAGGAGACCAGGUUUUUACAAACCGCUACUAUUCAUCUGAAUACAACAGAGCAAAAUUGUUGAGUGGAGAUGUAGAAGUGGAAAUAAGUUUUCUGGACAAGGAGGUUAAAAACAUGGCCGCCCAGUUGUCUACAGUCCUACAGCGCGUACGUUCCGUUGAGGGCGAUUUAAAGCAAAAUGAAAAUUACAUGCUUCAAUAUUACAACACAAAGAAACGAAAGCAGGCUGAAGCUCGAGAAUUGAAUGCACGUAUUACCGAAUUGGAGAAUGUGGAAGAGCAGCCAUCAAUAGACAUUGCUACACUGGAAAGUGAAGCCCAAGACAUCAAGAAUAAGACCGAGCAUGUUCGAAAGGAGAUGAAGGAGGCGUUGGAUCGAAUGGAGGACUUAAAAUCCUCACUUCAAAAGGCAGAGCAUCAGUAUGAUGAAAUCAAAAUGAAGAUCAGCUCUGUAUCUGAAGUAGCUGAACCUGUAAAGGAUGAACUUCAUAAAGUGGACCAAGAAGUAGAAAGCUGCAAAACUCACAAGAAGCACUAUGAAAAGAAAAUGGCUGAGCACUUGGAAGGUAUCCGGAAAAGGAAAGAAGAAUUAAUAGCCAAAGAAAAAGACCUCGAGGAAAAACUCUGUCAAGCAAAGCAAAUCUUUCCGGAGCGAAUAGAAGUUAAUAGAAGUGCUAGAAGCCUUGACACAGAAAUUGUCCGACUAAGAGAAAAAAUUAACUCUGAACGUGACCUCCAUGGGGACAGGGAUGAAGUAAUUCGGCAAUACCAUGCUGCAAAAGAAAAUUACCAAGAUGUAGAAAGUAAAGUUAAGAACCUCAAGAAAUUUAUUAAUUUGUUAGAUGACAUAAUGACACAAAGAUUCAAGACUUAUCAACUGUUUCGGCGGUGCCUUACUUUAAGAUGCAAGUUUUAUUUUGAUACCUUGCUAUCUCAGAGAGCCUACUCGGGGAAAAUCUCUUUUGAUCAUAAGAAUGAAACUCUCUCAAUAACCGUUCAGCCUGGGGAAGGAAACAAGGCAGCAUUGUCUGAUAUGAGAUCCUUGUCUGGAGGCGAACGUUCUUUUUCAACAGUGUGUUUCAUCCUUUCUCUCUGGUCGAUUGCAGAAUCACCCUUCAGAUGUUUGGAUGAGUUUGAUGUUUAUAUGGACAUGGUGAACAGAAGAAUUUCGAUGGAUAUGAUGCUGUCCAUGGCGGAUUCCCAGAGAUUCCGACAGUUUAUUUUGUUAACCCCACAAAAUAUGAGCUCCCUUCCUUCCAGCACUCUAAUCCGCAUCCUUCGAAUGCAAGAUCCAGACAGAGGACAGACAACUUUACCUUUUCUACCAAGGGGUCAAGAGGAAGAAAAUGAAGAUUAAAUCGGCACUCUUCCCCUCCCUUGCUAUGAUGAAAGAAUGUAUUAGUGAAUAAAGAAAAUCACAAUUAGUUUUUUAUUAAUGCUUCAAUUUUCUGAAGGCAGGGUGAAAGAACCAAAUCAAAACCUACUUCCAAGCAUGCCUUGGACAUGUACAAUUUCUUUGUUUGCACAGAAAGUUUAGUUUCAUAUUGUUGCUACUAAAUUUACACUUUUGUAGUUUAAUUGUACAAUUUAAAGUUUGUAUGUUGUAGUGUUUUUUUUUUAUUGUCUGGGAAGGAGAUUUGUAAAUACUGCAUACUGUUUAAAAGAUGCACAUUUAAAAGUGAUAUUUUUUCUGUGAGAAUACUUUCAUGCUCUUUCUGUCAACCCUUUGAUUUGUUAUUUCUAUGUUACAUAUAUUGAUGGGAAAAGUAUUUUAUUUUUCUAAACCAAAUAGACUGCCAUUAAUGUAAACCUGUCAGACUGUUUGCUCUUUAACAUGACCUGUUUUGUGUAUAUGCUAUUUGGGUACCUCUGCGGUGAAUACCUUUUAAAGGGCACCACUGUUAU